CUGCGAGUGAAACUUUGAAAGCUCGCGAGAUCAGGAUGGUCUCACGAGGCUAAUAUAAAGAUAUAUAGGCAAUAUAUUUCUGAAUUACAUCUCCGUCCAGUUGAUGGCGGUAAUGCACAAAGCAUGUAAACUGCCAGAAAACUCAAUAGAAGAAGAAGAAGAAGAAGAAGAAGAAGAAGGUAGCAUCAGAACAAGGUAGCAGCACAAGAAGGUCCUUUAAAGAAAAGUAGUACAUAUGGAUCCAGUACGUUACAAAAGGUACCUCGUUGACGACGAAGCACCUGUUCCAGAAAGAACAGAGAGAAGACGUAAACGAAAGCACUUUUCUGAAGAUAUUGGUGAUGAUGAAGAAGCUGUGGCCUCUUCUUCUACAACUCCGAAUCUCACCCAAGAGGACAGUCAGGAUGACCUGGUGUCUACUGCUUCUGAUGACAUAAUGAACCAACCCAUACCUGGACCUAGCUCUUUACCUGGGGAGCCAGUAGAGGAACAUCUAGAAGACCCCACAAGUCAAACUUUAGAUCAGGAACCAACAAAAGAACAGGUGGAACUCCUGCUGCUUGCUUUAAAACUCAAACACGGAUUAACAAAUAGAGCCUUGGAGGACAUCAUGCAUCUUAUCAACUUUAGUGCUGGUCCUGGUGGGGAAGUGGUUAGUGGCUCAAAGUACCUUUUCUAUAAAGCAUUUGAUUCAGUGAAAGACAUAUUAGAAGUACAUUAUGUAUGCAAGAGUUGCAAUGUAAGCAUGCAGGAAGGUCCCUUUAAUGUCACGUGCCCAGUCUGUGACCAGGACACAUCAAAAGUGCAUGCACAAAAAGACCAGUGUUUUUUGUACUUGCCACUAAAAUACCAAAUUAAAAAUCUGCUUGAGGACCACCAAUUAGGGAAACACCUGGAACACCGUUUUGAGAAGAAGGAUGCUUCCAUCAAAGAUAUAUACGAUGGACAUUUAUACAAAAAACAAUCGCACCUUGCAUCCCCAGACAGCAUAUCUCUGACAUUCAACUGUGACGGAGUGCCAGUACACAAAUCAAACACAAAAAGUUUGUGGCCAAUUUUGUGUACUAUUAAUGAACUGCCAAUACAACUACGUGCAAAACAUGUUAUGCUUAGUGGCCUGUGGUUUGGUCAAAACAAACCAAAUAUGAACACGUACAUGAAACCAUUUGUCGAUGAAUCCAUAGAGUUGUACUCUGAUGGUCUUAUAUGGAAAAGGGAAAGUGGGGAAGUUGUAACAAGUAAAGUAGUUGUUACUACCAUGGUGGCAGAUUCAGUUGCUCGGCCACUGAUUCAGAACUUUAAACAGUUUAAUGGCGAGUUUGGAUGUUCUUUUUGUAUGCAGAAAGGAACAAGUGUGUUAAAACGCAGGGGACGUGUAAGGGCUUAUCCCUAUGAAAAAACAGAUUUGAGGAAUCCCUCCCAGACGGAUGAUCUUGUUGAAGAAGCUCUUGCUGGAAACCCCACUAAGGGAGUGAAAGGGCCUAGCAUUUUGUCUUGCCUACCUGAUUUUAAUAUCAUUGAUGGCUGUGUUCCAGAUUAUAUGCACAGUGUGCUGCUGGGUGUAGCAAGAAGCAUCACCACUCUGUGGUUUAAUUCUGAAAACCACCAAUCACCAUGGUAUAUCGGACGCUCAACAGAACAGAUUGAUGACAUUUUAACUUCUAUUAAACCCCCCUGUAAUGUUUCCCGUGUUCCCCGCUCAGUGAAAGAGAAAAAGUUCUGGAAGGCACACGAGUGGAGCAUGUGGUUGUUUUAUUACAGCAUACCAACAUUGAAAGACGUCUUGCCUGAAAAAUAUCUGAAGCACUGGUUUAAGUUGGUAAAGGGGGUUUCUCUUCUACUUGGUGAGAAUAUAUCAACACUGCACUUAUCAGAAUCUGAGGGGUUGCUAACAGAGUUUGUUCAGGAAAUGGAGACCAUUUAUGGGAUUAAUAAUGUCACUUUCAAUGUACAUUUGUGCCUUCAUCUGCCCAAUACUGUGAGAAACUGGGGUCCCCUCUGGGCACAGUCUGCAUUUGUGUUUGAGUCAUACAAUGGGAUCCUUUUAGAUAUGAUAAAGAGCAGCCAGGGAGUUUCUCUGCAGAUAAUGAAAACAGUUUGGCUACAGGUUGCAUUUCCAUCAUUUUCCCAAAAAACCAUGGUGGCAGCUUCUGAUGAUUACUUGGCUCUCUUAGAGUCUUUUUCAGUUGAGAAAAAAAUGGUGCAGGAAGUAAGUCGCUCUCAUGGUGUUACAUCUCUGGGUAGGCCUAAGAUUUGUAUGAUCAGAAAUGAUGAUUUUCUGGCAUUGAAUAGCAUCAGCAACCUUGAAAAUAGAGUCACUGUGAAGUAUUUUAGCAGAGUAGUUGUUAAUGCUGAAAUAGUUCAUUCACAAAACUACUCGCGUACUUUUCGGAGAAACUCAUACACUGUCAUUCUUUCUGAUCGAGAGGAAAGUAUUUUCUCUGUGAAGACAUUUAUUGUCUGUGAUCUGGGGCAGGGGGAGACAUGUUAUGCAGUGGGGAAGUACUACCAAAAAGUGAAACAAGACAUCUGCAGUCCAUUUAAGAAUCCUUGUUAUUUCAUCCCUGUAGGGAAAAGUAUUGGGCCUUUAGUUGCUGUACAAGCAUCUCAGAUAAAAGAAAAGUGUCUGUUUAUUAAAACUGUGAACAGAAAUGUUGACAUUGUCUUCAAAUUCAUUAACCACAGUGAAAUGCUCAGAUAGAUGUGGGAUGAUGAUUAGUUGAAUGUAGGUUCUAUGUACUUUCUUUUUUUGUCAUACAUUUAGACUCUAAUGAUCUUUCUGCAUAAUUCAUCUAUAAAAUGUAUCAAAACAAUACAGAAAACAUUUCAUUUUGCAUUGCAUUUGGUGGAUGUAAUGGUUAAUUUGUGGAUAUGUGUGAGCUGUAAUGUGAAUCUUGAAGUGACUUGAAAUGGGGGGGGCGGGCCCUUGAUUGACAAAAUAAAAAAAUGACAAACCGUUUUGCUAUA